CCUUCAGGAAGCAAGCAGGAAAUCAGUCUUUUCUCACGGAUUACUGACACGUCUAAAGUUACAAAAAGGCAUCGUCAUGAGCUCAAACAGACCAUCAUAUUCAACCGCAGCUGCCCAAGAAGCUAACUGUCUCCCAGAACUCCGGCUGAUCUUGCUGGGUUGGCGAUGGCCAGGUAAAAGCCUGACCGGCAACACCAUUUUGGGCCGUGAAGAAUUUCAUCUGGAACGUGCUGCCGAAUUCUGCGUGAAGCGUGAAACUGAGGUGGAUCAGCGCAAAGUAACAGUAGUAGACACUCCUGGCUGGUUCUCAGCUCAGACCACACCGGCUGACUACCAGCAGGAAAUGGUCCGAAGCGUAACUUUGUGCCCACCUGGACCCCAUGCAUUCCUGCUGGUCAUACCUGUUGGCAUGUUCACUGAAACAGACCGGGCUCAUAUAGAGGAGAACAUUGCACUUUUUGGGGAGAAUGUGUGGAAGCACAUCAUUGUGGUGUUCACCUGGGCAGAGGUUUUGAAGGACAGGUCCAUAGAAAGACAUAUACGAAGGGAAGGUCGUGAGCUUCAGUGGGUGGUGGACAAGUGUAAGAAGAGGUACCACGUCAUCAAUAACUAUAUUUUUGGUGAACACCCACAACUGCUCCAGCUGAUGGAGAAGGUUGAGAAGAUUGUAGCUGAAGAAGGUGGUUACUUCACCCUUAAGACAGAUGGAACAAAAACACCAAGUCAAACUCAGAGUCUGAAUCUAAACAUCAAUUCAUUGAAAGAGAACAAUGGCGCUAGACCCAAACAAAAUGGCUCCUGCAACUCACUGCGGGGCACGGACCUGAACCCUCCACAGAGUCGUCAAUGUUUACUCUAAACUGUUGUUCUGAUCAAGUUUGGUUGAAGGAGUGAGUGACUAAGGCUGUGAUAACAGUUCCAGUGCUACUGUAUUCAUUACCUCAAUUCCACUGAACUCAAAUUAUGAAAUGCCCAUUACCCAGGUUGUAGAGUUUGCAGUCAAAUGUCCCUGUACCAUAUACUUCUUACCCCACAAAAUAUAAAAUGAUAACAGUAAAAAUUAUUAUCAUCAAAGGUUUGAAUUGGUGUUAGUAAAUCAGUUGUACAUCACCUGGCAUGGCAUAUCAUGCAGAUAUCACUACAGUACUAUACACACUUACCCAAACAGUCAUGUCUUACUAUACAGUGUAUUAUAUAUGAAGUACACAUUGGCACAGAGAAUAUUGAGGUAAUGGAGUCAUUAGUCAAACAGAAACACUCCACAUUCAUGAAUAAUUUGCACUAAUGAGUUUAACACGACCCAAUAGCUUGUAAAAUGCUUCAACUAAUGCACUAAUAGAGUUAGCAGAGAUGAGAGUCUGACACGAUCAUAUUAUUGUAGCAUUGGUUAGUUAUAUUGGUGACAGUUGCUAUGGAAUUAUAAAUUGUCCAAAAUUUACAUCAUAUUUAGGUGCUGUUUCAAGUUUUGCAGAUACAUUAUGUUUGAAUGUUUUCAAAUGAUAUUUUCUAGUAAUGUCAUUAUUGUUAUUUUAUUGUUUGAGUGAAUUAGGUAUUUUCACCUUGAGUAAUAUGUUUUAGUUACUGAUGUUUUAGGAUUGCUGUGAUAAGUUUUCUUUUCUUAAUUUGUUUCUUUCUAAAUGUUAUCAUUUGAUUAAGUACACAUCAUUGUAAAUAGUCUCCUCCAUGAAACUGAGGCUGGUUAACGGUCUUGUUAUAAGCACUCUUAAUAUCAAGUCAACACUGUUAAAGUUCUGGCACUGUCUAAUUCUUAUGGAACAUGAGUGUCUGCUAUUAUUAAUUGAUUUACAUAAAUGCAUUCCUUUCUAGAUCUGUUGAUUAUUUCUGAAAGCCAUAAAAAUGUCCUUCCCAGAUGACUUUGUGAACGUCAUAUGAGCUGAUUACCAUCAAGUCUUCCAGUUGGCCUAACAAUAAUAUAAAGCUGUGCUGCAGGCAUA